AUUUGUUAUUUUUAGGUAAGCUCAGGUAAUGUUUCCUCCUCGUCGCUCUCUCUCUCUCUCUCUUUUUGGGAUAGCAAGUCUUCCUCUGCAACUACAGGUCUAGAAACCCUAAAAUUAUCCACUCUGGUGUCUACAACCAACGAAGCUCGAAUCUUUCAACAUUACUGUGCUGAUUCUCCGCCAUGGAUCCUCCCUCUAAAAGUUGGAGCAUCUAUAGCCGCUCCGAAAUCACUCAACGUUACGAAAUCCUUGAACAAAUAGGUUCUGGAGCUUACUCCGAUGUUUACAAAGCUCGCCGACGCUCCGAUGACCUCAUCGUCGCUCUGAAAGAGGUUCAUGACUACCAGAGCGCUUUCAGAGAGAUUGAAGCUCUUCAAAUCCUCCAGAAUUCCCCAAAUAUUAUCGUCCUCCAUGAGUACUUUUGGAGGGAAGACGAAGAUGCGGUUCUUGUCCUUGAAUACCUAAGAACUGAUCUUGCAUCGGUGAUCAGAGAAGCUAAGAGGAGCUGGGAAAACAGAAUCUCCGUUGGUGAGAUCAAGCGUUGGAUGAUUCAGAUAUUGCAUGGCAUCGAUGCUUGCCACAGGAAUGGGAUCGUUCAUCGAGAUCUCAAGCCCUUGAAUUUGUUGAUUUCUUCCGAGGGUGUUCUCAAAUUGGCGGAUUUUGGACAG